GCAACGGGGAGGAGAAAGAUCCUCUCCCUCCUCCUCUGUACUCUUCUUUCCCGUCCCCUCCACGUCUCGUCUCCUCCCUCGCUGCGGUGCGGGAUACGGGCUAGAUUCAGUCAGCGCUCAUGAUCCGGAGGAUCGAGGGCAACAACCAGCGCGGAGCGGCACAAGCCUCACGUGUCCGGGAUCUCUUCUCCGCCCAGUAGGCUUCCUUGCCUUCGGGCGGUUUCCAGGUUGGUAGCAUGUGAGAGUGAUGGCGGCCGCCGAAGCGAGGGCUGCCUGGCAGCGCGCCGCCAACCGCUGCAUGGUCCAGGAGGACGCCAAGCGAGCUCCCCAUCUGGUCUGCUGCUCGCCGCCCCUACAACCGCACGACACGAGCGAUGGAAAUCCUCUGAGCCCGCAAGAUCUCCAUGUCCCUACAUUUGUGCCCAUCAACUGGAACCUGAUGAACUCCAGCCUGCCCAUGGAGACCCAGUGGUGGCUCCAGUUGCAGCCCAACUUUGGGUGCCAGGCAGCCUUAGCUAGGGAGCGCCUCAACUAUGUAGGUGCGGAAGCCGCUGAGAAGAAAACGGAGGGUCUAGCGCCAGUACCUAAACUUGAGGAUGUCCAAGCAAACAAGGCCGCAGAUCCUUUUGAGCCUCCAUGGACCAUUUCCGCGGCUGUCAUGAAGCAAACAUCUGGAACGGGUUUGGAAGAGUUGAAGAAUCUCGCUUGCUAUACCCCAGUGAGCCUCGACUGCAAAGGUAGUGCCAACAGAUGUGUUUCCGAGGAUAACAAGUUUACAGAUUUCAAAGCUUUCGAUCCUCUCUUCCCUAAGCCACAAAAGGAAUACUGCGAAAUGCAUGCCCCCUGGAAAGAAACCAGAAAAUCUCAGCCAUGGUGGCAACUAGCUGAUGCCGAUGGUUUGGCUUCCCUUGUCGCUGAAAGAGCAAUGGAAAACAUUGUCGACAAUGAUCUGCCAAGGCCCACUCAGACAGUCCGGGUUCAUGGGGGUGAAGUGAAGGUCCCUGAAAACAAGGAUGAUUAUGGGCUGUCUGCUCUUUGUGCGGACAAAGAGCUGGAUCCUGCACAUGACACUAUGGAGUGCAGCUACAGUGUUUCAAGCACCACCAACAACGACACGAACUCUUCUGAUGGGGGGCAUUGGCAACAACAUCAAAGAAAUAAAGAGCCCGGGGAGGCACAUGAUUCUUAUAGUUCCACCGCCAAUACACCGGGCGGCAAGCCAGCAUAUCAGAAUGCUUCCGAGAGGGCCAAGCUGUUAGAUGCUCUCCGCCACUCACAAACACGUGCUAGGGAAGCUGAGAUAGCUGCCAAGAAAGCCUACGACGAGAAAGACCAUGUCAUCAAGCUAUUGUUCCGUCAGGCCUCGCACCUUUUUGCAUGCAAGCAGUGGUUGAAAAUGUUGCAGCUGGAAAACAUAUGCCUUCAGCUCAGGUUCAGAGAGCACCAGAUAGCGACCAUGUUCCCAGAGCUUCCAUGGAUGGUGACGAAAGAAAAGGUAGCACCUUCUCAAGAGCACAGUGACAGGAAGAAAGGCAGAAGGCUGAACAGGAAAGGUGGCCUACGCGAUGCCGUUGCAUUUGCUGUUGGUGUUGGUAUUGUUGGUGCUGGAUUGCUUCUUGGCUGGACUCUUGGGUGGCUACUGCCCUAACUGGAAGUUUCAUUGUCGUAGAUGACAGGACAGAUGCCACCUGUGCACGCUGAAUUGAAUGGCAAUAGGUAAGCUCCAAGUGCGUGCUUUCGUGAAGAGUGAAAAAGGGGCAGAUUUUUAGAGUUCUUCCAUGGUAGUCUGUUGAUAUGGUGAUGAUAGCUUGAUCUCUUAUGUUGGUUCCGUAUACAUAGGAAGGAUCUGGUGUACAUACUUCCAGAAACUGGAUAUACCUUAUGUUGGAUGCGAUCCUUAGCUGUGUGCUGUACAUAUGGGCCAGUGAGGGUCUGGUGGAAGAUGAAAUCAGCCGACUUCAACAACGUAUGCGCUAGUACUGUAAAUCUAUAGAUUUUAUUUGCUUUAAUGUAGCAGGAAUUGUGAUAAUCCGUUUGCUGUAAUGUGUGCUAG